UCUGCAAAGCUCCGUUUAGUUUUAGUGAGAUUGCCUGCCGAAAUCUUAGCAAAAGAUGACUUCCCCACUGGAAAAUCUUGAAAAUCAUUUGGAAAUGUUCAUUGAGAACGUGCGUCAAAUACGGAUAAUUGUUAGCGACUUCCAACCGCAAGGUCAAAACGUGUUGAAUCAGAAAAUUCAAUCUCUGGUGACGGGACUACAAGAAAUCGACAAGCUCAAAAACCAAGUCGAUGUAAACGUACCGCUAGAGGUAUUCGAUUACAUUGAUCAGGGUAGAAAUCCGCAACUGUACACCAAGGACUGCAUCGAUAAGGCAUUAACCAAGAACGAAGAGGUCAAGGGUAAGAUCGAUUCCUAUCGGAAGUUCAAGAGCAAUCUGCUGAAAGAGCUAGGCGAAAUGUUUCCCGUCGAGAUCAGCAAAUAUAAGGCAAUCCGCGGUGAUGAAUAGUAUUAGCGAAUGCGUUGUCGGCAUCGGUCGUUUAUAUUUAGAGUUAAGUACGAAUUAAGUUCUCUAUCGGAUUACAUGAAUAAAUAUAUUUUCUGAGGUAACCAAAA